UUCCUACGAUUCACAAUCUGAAUCUAAUACUUAGUUAUAUAUUCUAGAGAAAGUUUCCAAAGAAAAAUGUCAGGAAGAGGAAAGGGAGGAAAGGGAUUGGGAAAAGGAGGAGCGAAGAGACACAGGAAGGUUCUGAGAGACAACAUCCAAGGAAUUACCAAGCCUGCGAUCAGGCGUCUUGCUCGCAGAGGAGGCGUUAAGCGAAUCAGCGGUUUGAUCUACGAAGAAACGAGAGGAGUCCUGAAGAUCUUUCUCGAGAAUGUGAUCAGAGACGCCGUCACUUACACCGAGCACGCGAGGAGGAAGACGGUGACGGCAAUGGAUGUGGUUUAUGCUUUGAAGAGACAAGGACGUACUCUCUACGGAUUCGGUGGUUGAAUCGUUUUCGAUUUGUUGUGUUGUGUUGCUACUAUUAAGUCUUGCGGUCAAGAAGUGUUGUAACGAAGUUCUUCUCUUUAUCGGUUAAUGGAAAUAUGAUUAAUCAGAUCUCUUUA